AUGUCUCAAACUCCCGUGGCCUCAACUGAGAGCUCAGAGCCAGUUCGGGCACCUCGAACCAAACAGACAGCACGUCGCUCUAAACCUUUCUUCGGUGACAGACGUCCCACGGAUCCGCUUACAAGCAGGAAUACUCAACACCCGCUAACCACUCGUCUCCUGAAUAUCGACUACGAAAGUAGGGACGAGUCAGACGACCCCGACGAUGGUUCAGGAACUCCUCUGCCCCCACUAGGCCUAGUCAACGGCAAAUACGAAAUUUAUUCAUCGGACUUGAACGAAUGGCCCAUGUUCCCCGAAGACGAUUUUACUCUCACCCUGGGGCUAGCAGGCAAUUCCAUAUGGAAAUCAUACGACUUCGGGAUGUUCCACGGUAUGAUGCAUCUCGAAAAACGGCCCUGGUCAUCCUCGUACAAGAAGGUCUGGUUCACGUGUCGCGAGCGCAAUGAAAGCGAGGGAAAAAUGUCAUUUGGGCCGAACUGCACUGGCUGGAUUCAACUCUACGGCGAGGGCAGAAACUGCAGCCAACUGAACUGCUACGGCAAUGCGAGAUUCUCGGGCCAGAGGAUCAUGGCGAGGAAAUGCAGCCGCCGCGGGGUGUGCAGAGUAGGUGUGAGGAGUGGAACGGGUACAACUAGGUGGAAUAUGAUAAUGAGAAUCGACGGCAAUGGGGAGGGUGGUAGACGUUGCUUGGCUUCUCUUGUUAACCGGCAUGAUCCGUUGCGACGGCGGGUAAUCCGGCAGCAAAAUCGGAGCGCUGCAGUUGAAAUGCAGUCCAAGCGGCAAUGGGCCAGUGCUGUGCAGAUAUUGGAUACUCGAAGAAUCACCCAGACCUAG